AGUUCCGGGGCGGGGCGCGCAGGCGCGGCGGCGGGAACGGGAGCGGGACGGGGCCGCGAUGCCGGGGGACGUGGUGACGCUGCAGCUCGGGCACUACGCGGGGUGCGUGGGAGCGCACUGGUGGGGGCUGCAGGCCGCCGCGCUGCUCCGGCCCGAUGCCGCCGAGCUCCGCAGCUCCGCGCUGCUCCGCGCCGGGCGGGACGCGCGGGCCCCGCACACCCCGCGCCUGGUGGCGCUGGAGCUGAAAGGCGGUGUGGGCGCGCUGGGGGCCGGCGGCACCGCGGGGACACCGGGGACCUGGGACGGGGACGUGGCCGAUUACCGGGAGAGCUCGGGCGGGGGCUCCGCACCGCGGGACGGCGGGGACAGCAGGGACAGCACGGAAAACGCUCCCUCUGAGGGAAAAGGAGGCUCCAGCGCGUCGGUUCCAGGGGCGGCCCCGGUGCAGGACGGGCCCGUCCGGCUCUGGUCCGAUUACCUCAACGUGCGCCUGCACCCCAAGAGCCUCUACGUGAUCCCCCAGUACAUGCACGACGGGGAGUGCGGUGUCCUCGAAGCCUUUGGCCAGGGCGAGCGGCUCCUGCAGGACCCCGCCUGCCUCGAGGAGCUGGAGGACCGGCUGCAUUUCUACGUCGAGGAGUGCGAUUAUCUGCAGGGGUUUCAGGUCCUUUGCGACCUGCACGACGGGUUCUCCGGGGUCGGCGCCAAAGUGACGGAGCUGCUGUACGACGAGUAUUCGCGCAAAGGGAUCCUGAGCUGGGGCUUGACGCCGCUCGCCGGCCCCGCGGACCACGGGAAGAACGUCUGCCGGCUGCUGAACGCGGCGCUGGGCACGGCGCACCUGGCCCGGCACAGCUCCCUCCUCUGCCCCUUGUCGCUCCGCGGGACUUUGGGGAUUAAACCGCAACCUCCCGUCAGGUUUCCCUACAUCGACUACGACGCGUCGCUCGACUACCACAGCAGCGCGAUUUUGGCGGCGGCGCUGGACGCGCUGACGGUUCCGUUUCGGCUCCGCGCCGCCCCGGCCUCCAUGGGGCACCUCGCCGAGUCGCUGCACUUCUGCGGGAGAAAGGUAGAGCCGCCAAAACCCCCCAGACCCCUUCGUUUCCGCCCAAAACGGCGAGAGCUGCCGUCCCGCUUCCCCCCGAAUAGGUUGUGGCCGCGUGGGCUUCUCUCCCCUUCCCCGUCCCCCGCGGCCUCGCGCUCCACGAUGCCCUGGGUGCCUGCGGGCAGGAUGUGCCCUGGGAGCCGCUGUCGUGCUGCCGGGACCCAACGCUCGGCCGCUGCUUCGCUCAGUCCGUGGUGCUGCGGGGGAUGCGCGGGGAGAGCAGCGGCCGCCCGGCGUCCCCGCUCAGCGCCGAGGAGACGCUGCAGCGCUUCCUGCGCGGCGCCUUCCCCGGGGCCUUCAGCACGUGCCGCGUGCUGGAGCAGCCGUGCCCCACGGCGCCCCCGUUCCCCCAGUUCUUCUCUCCUCUGCUGGGCAGACGCGGGUUCCUCCUGGACAGACCCCCCGCUCGCGCCUCCGCAGCGGUGGAGAGCGUCCCGGUGCUGGCGGCGCUGCAGGCGGCCCCGGGGCUGCGCCGGCUGCUCGGGGGGCUGCGCCGGGACGUGCGCGGGCUGGACGCGCGGCGCUGGGCCAGCUUCUUCGCGGCCGGCGUGGAGCAGGAGGAGCUGCAGGAGGCGCUGGAGGAGCUGGCGGCGCUGGCCCAGUGCUACGGGGACGGGUUCGGGGACGAGGACGACGAGGACGACGCCGAUUCCGACUGAACUCGCCUUAUUCCGCAUCCCCGUGGAGUUUGGAUCCCAAGCGCUUCCUUGUCAUUUCAGAACCGCCUGAACUUGGGGGUAAAGGAGGAAAAGCUGCUUUUUGUAUGUAUUUUUUAAAAACCAAACACCUUGACCAAGUGAAUUUGCUCCACCUGUUCGAAUAAAACCACACAAUAAAUACAGAA